UCUGGUAACAUUUUGGCGCCAUCCCGCAUUUCCUCGUGUAUACAUGUAUUACAUAACGAAGCGAGAUGGUGAAGCGAAAACUAAAGGAAACGUCAAUAGAUGAAGGACCUUGUGAUGGCUUGUCAAAUCCAUCAAUCCACGACUUCAAAGAUGAGGAAAAGAAAGAAUUCCGCAAGCGCUUAGUGGCUUGGUUUAAGGAAAACCAGAGAGAUCUACCUUGGAGAAAACAGCUAACAAAUCCAGAUAUUGAUCAAAGGGCAUAUGCAGUGUGGGUAUCGGAGAUCAUGUUACAACAAACUCAAGUGGCCACAGUAAUUGACUAUUAUAAACGAUGGAUGAAGAAAUGGCCAACAUUGCAGGACCUGGCCAAAGCAUCUCUUGAGGAAGUGAAUGAGAUGUGGGCAGGUCUGGGUUACUACAGCAGAGGAAGGAGACUGUUAGAGGGAGCUCAGAAGGUUGUUAAAGAAUUCAAAGGAAAGAUGCCAAGAACAGCUGAUACAUUGUUAAAACACUUACCAGGUGUUGGCAGAUACACGGCAGGAGCAAUAGCAUCUAUAGCUUAUGGUCAGGCUACAGGAAUUGUGGAUGGUAAUGUGAUAAGAGUUCUGUGCAGGAUGAGAGUCGUUGGAGCCAAUUCUACAAGUCAGCCAGUCCAGAACAAACUAUGGAGUCUAGCUGAUGAGAUUGUUGAUCCGGAUCACCCUGGGGAUUUCAAUCAAGGAAUGAUGGAGCUAGGAGCAACAGUUUGUACCCCUAAAUCUCCCAGCUGUGAUUUGUGUCCUGUGCAGAAUCUGUGUCUAGCUAAGUCUAUGGUAGACAGGAACAAGCUAAGAAAUGGAAACAAACUUGGAGUCAAUGUAAGCGCACCAGUCCCCGACAUAGAAUGUGCUGCUGAUAAGUGUGAACUUUGUUUACCAGAAAAUGAGACAUGGGAUGAAAUAGAAGGUGUUCAGAAUUAUCCCAGAAAAUCUGCUAAGAAAGCAGCCCGAGUGGAGAGGACCAGUGUAUGUGUUCUGUGUAAGAAAUCGGACACUGAAGAGCUACAGUAUUAUUUGGUCCAGAGAUCUCAGAAAGGUCUUUUAGCUGGUCUUUGGGAAUUCCCCUCAGUUAAAGUGGAAGAGGAUGAUGAAAAUUCCCAUCACACAGUACACGAAAUCCUCCAGAAGUCCUGUGGACUGCUUGUCCCGCCUUCUUCUCCAUCAACAGUUGUGGGUGAAGUAGAACAUAUAUUUUCCCACAUCCACCAGACAUACGUUGUACAGUCUUUAGUGGUCAGUGAAUCAGAGAUAGACAGUUCUAACACUCACACAGAGAACAGCCGAUGGGUGUCCAGGGAGGAAUUCUCAACAGCCGCUGUCUCGACGGCCAUGAAGAAGGUUUUGAAAGCUCUUGAGACAUCUAGCUCAGGGAAGAAGAAAAAGAAGCCUACUGAUACGGACAAGAAUCAGAAGUCAAUAACUUCGUUCUUCACGAAAAAGUAGAUUUUAGGUAUUUGUCUUAAUUUCUAAUACCUAACAUGUUUGUUAGUAAUACUGUAUUACUGGGUAUAUACAGUCAUAUACAUGUAUAAUUGUGCUUUAAAAUAUUUUAAACUUUGAAAUAAAGCGAAUAUAUAUAUAGAACUGUAAUAUUUGUUAAAAAUAUAAUAUCUAGACUAAGAA